AUGUUUUCAGUUGCUUGUAUUACCGGAUUAUACGGUUGUAAAGCUCACUUAUUGCAUUAUGUGUUAUUUUGUAUGCCUUCACGAGAUAUCUUGGCAGAGGCUCAAUUAGAAGUGAAAUUAAAUGGUAUACCGGAGGGAAAAGUAUUAGUCGUUAAGUGGCGUGGAAAACCUGUUUUUAUUUACCAUCGGUCACAAUCAAUUAUCAAUCAGGAAAGAGCGGUGAAUCUAUCAGAACUGCGUGAUCCAGAAACGGACAAUGAUAGAGCUAAAAGAUCGGAAUGGCUGGUUGUGAUGGGUAUCUGUACACACUUGGGAUGCGUACCAAUUCCAAACGCCGGCCUCAUACCUGGCGGUUUUUUCUGCCCUUGUCACGGUUCACACUUUGAUGCAGCCGGCCGUAUACGAAAGGGCCCAGCAAUGACUAAUCUAGAGAUACCCGAAUAUUCAUUCAUAGACGAUAAUAAUAUCAUUAUUGGGUGA